AUGCAACCAAAGUCUGGAGCCAAUGGAACAGUUGUUACUGAGUUCAUCUUACUGGGCGUGGUGGAAAUGCCAGGACUGCAACUACUUAUCUUUGUACUCUUCCUAUUUGCCUACAUGGUCACAGUUGGGGGCAACCUCGCCAUCCUGGCAGCCAUCUUGGUAGAGCCCAAGCUCCACACUCCCAUGUACUUCUUCUUGGGGAACCUCUCAGUGCUGGAUGUUGGGUGUAUCACUGUCACUAUUCCUUCAAUGUUGAGUGGUCUCUUGUCCCACAAGCAUACAGUUCCUUAUGAAGCCUGCCUUACACAGAUCUUCUUCUUCCAUCUCCUGGUUGGAGUGGACUGCUUCCUGUUAACAGCCAUGGCUUAUGACCGCUUCCUGGCCAUUUGCCGGCCUCUCACCUACAGCACUCGCAUGAGCCAAAUGGUCCAGAGGACAUUAGUGGCCGCAUCCUGGGCCUGCGCCUUUAGCAAUGCACUGUCCCACAUUGUGGCCAUGUCCACACUCAACUUCUGUGGCCCCAAUGUGAUCAAUCACUUCUACUGUGACCUCCCACAGCUCUUCCAGCUCUCCUGCUCCAGCACCCAACUCAAUGAGCUGCUGCUCUUUGCUGUGGGUUUCAUAAUGGCAGGUACCCCUAUGGCUCUCAUUGUCACCUCCUAUGCCCAUGUGGCAGCUGCAGUUCUACGAAUCCGUUCAGUGGAGGGCAGGAAAAAGACCUUCUCCACAUGUGGCUCCCACCUCACUGUGGUCACCAUGUUCUAUGGUUCAGGUAUCUUUAAUUACAUGCGGCUAGGUUCAGUCAAGCUUUCAGAUAAGGAUAAAGCUAUUGGAAUUUUUAACACUGUCAUCAACCCCAUGCUGAAUCCCCUUAUCUACAGUCUUCGGAAUCCUGAUGUGCAGGGUGCCCUCUGGCGAGUGCUCAUGGGAAGGCAGUCACUGGCCUGA